AUGCCAGCUGGAAAGAAAGUCGACACCAGUCAUCUCACAUUGGAUCAGAUAUUCGUUCCCGGCUCGGCGCCCUCCAUUGAUAAUCGACCUGAUCAUGCUUUGGAGACCAUACCCAAUCUCCCUCCUGAACCUGACUGGACGAACGCCGGUUUCAGCUUUGAGCCCAACCAAGCUGAAGAAUUCUUCGAACGUGUGGACCGUCUCUGCCUUCCGCCUUCCGAGUCACGAAGUGUAGAUGAGAUGCUUGCGAUGAUGGGUAUCGACCAUUCAAUGGAUGUAGACGGAGAAGAGGACGAAGAUGAGGAGGAAGAGGACGAAGACGAAGAAGACGAAGACGAAGACGAAGAGGACGAAGAAGACGAAGAACCAGAAUCGGGAACACCGUCUGUCCACACAAUCGACCAUGCUCUCCUGGACGAGAUGGACGAGGAGGAAGUUGUCAAGGCUGAAUUCGACCAAUCGGAAGGUGUCAAUGUCGCUCUUACUGAGUCGAAGAAGGACAGUCAGUUGAUUGACUUCUGCUCAAGAUUUACAAAGACUCAAAUGCAGAAGGAAGAAUUGAAAAAGUUCGUCGAAGAGUACCGAAUACCAGUCGUCGAAUGUAUGGUAACGAACAUCAAAUUAGAAAAUACGCCACUGUAUAGAUUCGAUGAAGAAGGCUGGGUCAUACAAGCAUUCGAUUGGUACUCCUCCUUAGGACAUUGUCAUUUGGACAUAAUCGAGAUCCCUGAAGUCGACCUGCUUUGUGAGAGAUUUCUGGUACCUCUCUUCGUCGCCUAUCAGCAAAAUCCUCAUUUAGAGCAUAUCUUCAAUGCCAAAACGUCUUUCAUCAACGUAGAGCGACCGGGUGUAUACGUUAUGCACCCUCCUUGGAAACGAAUCUCAAAAUCUAUCAGGAAGUACGAGAAUUCUGGGCUCAUUUCAAACAUUGAAGCUGAUCCGAUCACUACUCCAGCAUACCUUGGGUUGACGAACAGUAUGCAACAACGAUUCCAACACCAUGUCCAAAAGCCGGUCAAUCAUCGUGUCGCUGCCGAUAACAGUGACCUUCCCAUGUCGGAAUGGAAAUAUACGAUGGUUGCGAAAUUCGACGGUGAUGAAGAGCCUAUCCCUCAUAUCGCAAUGCAUAUUGUACAUCACGUCUUCCUCGGAAUCUUCAGUCUUACCGAUAAAUAUCUGGGUGGUUUAAAUGUAAGUCCCGUUGAUUACCUUCAUCUCCGAACUUUGCUACCUGCAACAACAGUCAUCCGAAUGGUAAAAGUGGUCGACAAACUAUUGGAAUCCCAUCCAGAACGACUUCUACCUCGUUAUAGAGAUUCCAAAGCUUGGCGUUAUUUCCUUCAGCCUUUGUUGCCCGAUGAAUGCCCGGUGUCGGGUGAAACGCUUAGAGAUCUCCUUCGUGGAUCCAAUCGGGAAUCUAUCUUCAAUAGAGCGAGACCUAAACAUCUCAUCGAAUACUGGGAUCGACUUGAUGACUACCCCAGAUUCCUCUCAUUCCUUCAACAAUUUGGAACGGAUGUUCCUGUCGAACCUGCAACCGCAUCUUUUCUGUUCACUCGCGAGUAUCCACAGACUACUAGACUCCUCGGAACUGAUCCCGUUCAAUCACUCGAUGCAUUACGACAGCUCGUAAAGGAAAUCUCGGAGGAGUACAAGUUUUAG